UGCGUAGGCGUCAAUUAGGCUGUUCGGUGGUUACGCAGCGGAGUCAGCGUUGGGGGUUUUUUUGGCGGGGGGGGGAGAAUUGGUGGUGCAGCGGGAAUAGUAGCAGAAGCACCACCACUACUAGGUGAGGGAAGGAGUCGUUUAGCUUCUUGCCGCCGCGGCUGAGUGGGAAGAACAUCAGCAAGAAUAGCCACUGUCGCCACCAGCACCAUGGUAGCUCAACAGAAGAAUCUUGAAGGAUAUGUGGGGUUUGCAAAUCUCCCCAAUCAAGUUUAUAGAAAAUCUGUCAAGAGAGGAUUUGAAUUCACACUUAUGGUAGUAGGUGAAUCUGGAUUGGGAAAAUCAACACUAAUCAACUCGUUAUUCUUGACAGACCUGUAUUCUCCAGAAUACCCAGGACCUUCACAUAGAAUUAAAAAGACUGUACAGGUUGAGCAGUCUAAGGUUCUAAUUAAAGAAGGUGGUGUGCAGUUGCUACUAACAAUAGUUGAUACACCAGGAUUUGGUGAUGCAGUGGAUAAUAGCAAUUGCUGGCAGCCCGUUAUUGAUUACAUUGACAGUAAAUUUGAAGACUAUCUUAAUGCAGAAUCACGUGUGAACAGACGACAGAUGCCAGAUAACAGGGUCCAGUGUUGUUUAUAUUUCAUUGCUCCUUCAGGACAUGGGCUUAAGCCUUUGGAUAUUGAGUUCAUGAAACGCCUGCAUGAAAAAGUGAACAUAAUCCCGCUCAUUGCCAAGGCCGACACACUCACACCUGAAGAAUGUCAACAGUUUAAAAAACAGAUAAUGAAAGAAAUCCAAGAGCACAAAAUUAAAAUAUAUGAAUUCCCAGAAACAGAUGAUGAAGAAGAAAAUAAACUGGUUAAAAAGAUUAAGGACCGUUUACCUCUUGCGGUAGUAGGUAGUAAUACUAUUAUUGAAGUCAAUGGGAAGAGAGUUAGGGGAAGACAGUAUCCUUGGGGUGUUGCAGAAGUUGAAAAUGGCGAACACUGUGACUUCACAAUUCUAAGAAACAUGUUAAUAAG